UUGGAAAAAGUCGUUAGGAAUUGCAUUAAAAGCAAAUGAUUAUAUUUGCCAUCUUCAUUUUAAAGAAGAAAAUAUAAAUAUGUACGAAAAGUUAACUAUUAAAGGAGAGCUCAAAUAUAUUCCUACACAAAGAAAAACGCUUAAGGAAGAAGCUGUGCCCACGAUUGAGCAUCAGUUUAUUCCCAUUCCCGAACAUGAACUCCAAGCCAAUACUAUUCACAUAGAGGAAUCUUUCGAACCAUACCGUCCAUACCCCAAUCAACCUAAGGACGAGCAGCAACAACAAAUCAAUGCCGAGCAACAGGAAUUAUCAGAAGAUCAAAAUGAUUCUAAUUAUUUAAUGGAUUAUGAAAUGAUACAACAGGACUUUGCGGAACCAUUGUUUAGUCAAUAUCAGGAUACUAAUGUAACAAUAAAUCCAAUAGAGAAUUUUAAAAGUAAGUUUCGGGCAUUUUCGUUGUUGCCGCCUUUUUGGCUACAUGCAGAAAAUCCUAAUGGGCUGGAAUUUAUGCGAAUGGAUCCAAAAACUCAGAAGAUUAAACAUCAUAUACGUUUAAACGAUGAUCUAACUGUCACUGUAAUUUUUCCCAAUAAUGAACAAUUGCCACUAAAGGAGAAAAUUAAUUCAUAUGACAACACCUACGAUUACUUAAAAUCGGUUGAAAGAUGGCCUUUGUGCGUUGGUACUCAGAUUGACGACAAUAAAUUUUGUAAAGGUGUGAUUAUUGGUGAUGAUACUUACGAAAGAAAUCAACAGUACCCAAGAUGUAAAUCUUGUCGAAUAUUACGAAAUCGUUUGCAGAACCGUAAUUCCACUUCAACUCUAUUACAAAAAAUGGCAGAAGCUAAACGGCGCGCUUCAAAUCUUGUACAUAAAUGCAAGCGUCUGAAGAGGACGGCAAUCCAGGAAUUUUUAGAAUUCCUUGCAGACUGGGAAAAGCUCGAAAAAAAAAAUACCUGUGUCAAGGAGCACGUUAACUGGAUUAAAAGUAACUUUACGGGCAACACUUGAAAUUUUGGAUAUGCUGAAUGUUGCAUGUGAUUACAAGUAUUUGAUGACAGCAACCCUAUCUCAAGAUCCGUUGGAGAGAUUUUUCUCCGUCAUGAGAUAUUCGUGUGGAGGAAACGAUCACCCUGAUCCCAAAAUGUUUGCACAAGUUUACCGAUUGGCGUCUUGUUUUUCCCUAAUACGCCCUCCGAAAGGUUGUAACGUUUCCGGCAAAGAUUUGCUGAAGAACUUACUAGGAGCAAAGGAUAUGGUAACUGGUUCAAACGAGGCUAAGCAAGCAUGGCUGGAAAGCCUCGACCAUAUACUAGAUAAUGGUGAACCAUUGAUUGAUGGUUAUGAAGACCAUGACUACAACGAGGCUGUCACCAGUGACGCGGUGCAGUCUUACAUUGCUGGGUACAUCGUCCGCAAAUUGCGAAAAAUCGUAAAAUGCAAUAAUUGUUUGAAACUCAUACAAAUGAGUCCUAAUGAGGGAACACUGUUAGUGAGAAACGACGUAAUCGAUAAAAUGGAUUUAUACGGCGGGUUAAUUUAUGCUAGUGACGAUCUAUUCAAUCUGACCAAAACGAUAGAGAAAUGUAUGUUAAGAGUAAUAAGCAAAGCUUUAACCAAUAUGGAGACGAUCAGUGAAAUUACGCAAGAAUGACUAAAAGGAGCAUUGAUAAAAGUUGGACGUGUCGACCAUUUCAAACAUAUAUUUAAAAAAUGUUAUCGAUAUGUACGUAGUUAUGCGAGCCCACUUUCUGGCAAAAUAUAAAAAUAAACGUUACGCCGCAGCCAAAACCAAAACUAAAAUGAAUAGGAAAAAUGCCAAGUUAUUGUCUUAAUUACUAAUAGUUCGCCCCGAACUAAGAACUCGCAUUCGCUGAAAACUACCGCGCAGCGCGCACACUCAGGUUUUGAUUUCCAACUCAAUCUCACUAGUGAUACUUAGGUAAGUAAUACUUUAUAUACGAGAUUACCGCCAUGUGGGAUGUUGACUCGACGAUCAUUGUUGCGAUAGUCGUCUCAGCGGACGGUCUCAUAGCGAAGAGUCUCGACCAACACCUAGAGACUGGAUCAAGGGUCAGAUGCAGGCAAAUUGUGACAAAACAUUCGCUGAUGUUAACAAGAAAUAACUCAAAAUGUAGUCAAUAUGAUGGGUGCUGAGAAAGGGGCGGCUACAGGGCCUGGGGCCUAGGGCGGCAAAGACUGCAAAUCCGCCACUACAUUAUACAUAUAUAAAAAUGUGUUCGGGUGUUUUUUUUUUGUUUUGUAAGUGUUUUUAUAUUUUACUUUUAUAUUAAUAUUAAAAACGAAAAACAAAAAAGAGCCUUUUAUUUCUCGCCGGUAAAACAAACACAAUAUUAUAAACUUAAAUUUACAUUAGGUUUAGUAUUACAAUAAUAUUUAAUAUUCCUCAAAUCAAUGUUCUAUUAUGCUUGGUUAUGUAAUAAGUAGUAAGUAAUUAUAUUUUUUUGUAAUUUAUUCUGCAACAACCCCUCCUGUGAGGGUGAAGGCCUCCUCCAGUGAUGCUGGUCAUCACAAUUUCUGUUCUCUAUCUUUUUCAACUUACAUAUGUAUAUCAAUAUUAAUUUAUAUAUUGGUAUUAAAUACCUACAAAUACAAAUAAUAAAAAGCUAAUAAAUACUCUUAUCGGGAUUCGAACCCGGGACCUCCUGCUUCAUAAGCGGGGUCACUACCGACAAGGCUAAAAGACCGUCAAAAAUUGGUUCGCGAUGCACAGUGGCGCCGCGGCGCGGCCUAUUUAUUGUUUUUGAGGGACACUUUUUAAU